AUGCUAAUAAUGAAAAUUGAAGAAAAAUUAACAUUUAGAAGUACUAGGAAUAUUAUAUAUAUGUCAUUGUUAGCCAUUGAAUCUGUUUCUUCUACCGCUCCCAUAAAUAUUUCAGAAACAUCUAAUAAGAAUAUCUUGAGUAAGUCUAAGUUAGCACGGUCUGAUGAUAUUGCUUCCCCCACCGAAGCCGCUGGCUCGGCUGAUGAUCCUUCACGUCUAAGUGCUGGUGCCAAUUCAGGAGUUCCUGUUUCUCAAAACAAUUCUAAUUCUGCUUCUUUGUAUGUUGGUGAGCUUGAUCCAAGUGUAACAGAAGCUAUGUUAUUUGAGCUUUUUAAUAAUAUCGGUGCUGUUGCAAGUAUCCGUGUAUGUAGAGAUGCUGUAACUAGAAGGUCUCUUGGUUACGCUUAUGUUAAUUUUCACAAUUCUAGUGAUGGAGAGCGUGCUUUAGACGAACUUAAUUACACUUUAAUUAAAGGGAAACCUUGUCGUAUUAUGUGGUCUCAACGGGAUCCUUCUUUAAGGAAAACUGGAACAGGGAACGUUUUUAUAAAGAACUUGGAUGCUAGUAUUGAUAAUAAAGCAUUACAUGAUACUUUUACUGCUUUUGGAAGCAUUCUAUCCUGUAAAGUUGCUGUUGAUGAGCUUGGGAAUUCUAAAGGAUAUGGUUUUGUGCACUACAAAACGUCUGAAUCUGCAGAAGCAGCUAUUAAACAUGUUAAUGGUAUGCUUUUGAAUGAUAAAAAGGUAUAUGUUGGUCAUCAUGUAUCUAAAAAGGACCGUCAGAGCAAAUUUGAUGAUAUGAAAUUAAAAUUUACGAAUGUUUAUGUGAAAAAUAUUGAUCCUGAAAUUAGCGAGGCUGAAUUUGAGGAAUUGUUUAAAAAGUUUGGAAAUGUUACUUCAUUGAGUCUUUCCGUAGAUGAAAAUGGAAAGUCUCGCGGUUUUGGAUUUGUAAAUUAUGAGAAUCAUGAAGAUGCUGCUAGAGCUGUUGAAGAGUUACAUGAUACAGAAUAUAAAGAUCGUAAAUUGUAUGUAUGCCGGGCUCAGAAAAAACACGAGCGAGAGGAAGAGCUUAGAAAGCAAUAUGAGCAAGCGAAAUUAGAUAAACUUAAUAAAUACAAUGGCAUAAAUCUUUUUGUAAAAAAUUUGGAUGACGAUAUAGAUGAUGAGCGUUUACGACAAGAGUUUUCUAUUUAUGGAACUAUUACUUCUGCAAAGAUUAUGGUUGAUGAUAAUGGAAAGUCUAAAGGCUUUGGAUUUGUUUGUUUUUCUUCACCAGAUGAAGCAACCAAAGCAAUAACAGAAAUGAAUCAACGUAUGGUUUCUGGAAAGCCUUUAUAUGUGGCACUUGCUCAACGUAAAGAUGUUCGGCGAUCCCAGUUAGAGUCACAAAUAAAUGCUCGUAAUCAACUUAGAAUACAACAGCAGGCAGCUGCUGCAGGGAUGUCUCCACAGUAUGGAAUGCCUGGUGCUCCUAUGUUUUAUGGUCAAGGUCCUACUGGUUUUAUGCCUGCUGGUCCUAUGACUGAUAGAGGUAUGCCGUUUCCUCAACCUGCUAUGGUUCCAUCUAGGCCUCGUUGGGUUCCUCAGCAAUCUGGACAACCUAAUGGGCAAGCUAUUUCUCAGAUAUAUCCUGGUAUGUCUGGAUAUAAUGCCUAUCUUGCAAUACAGGGUAGAUCUCAGAGGUCUGGACAGGUUCCUCGACCUCAAGGCAUACCAUCUCGACCGAUGAUGCCUAUGGCUAUGCGUCCUCUAUUAGGGAGUACGAGGAUGUAUCGAGUUGGGUCUAAUACUAGAAAUGGGACUAAGGAUGGUAUUGAUGUUGGUAGUGAUGAUUUACUUACUGCUGCUUCUUUGGCAGCCGCUUCUCCUGAAAAUCAAAAACAGAUGUUAGGCGAAGUUCUUUAUCCUAAAGUUCAGGCGCAAGAACCAGGUUUUGCUGGAAAAAUAACAGGAAUGUUGUUAGAAAUGGAUAAUUCUGAAUUAUUACAUUUAAUUGAGGAUGAUGUUGCAUUGCGUGCUAAAGUAGAAGAAGCUUUAAUUGUUUUGAAGGAAUAUCAAAAAGGUGUUAGUGUUCAGGAUCAAGCAACUGAGACUAAUGUUUCAUGA